AUGAGUUCAAAGUUUGUUAACCUAUAUGGGAAGCAUUUCUUCCUUGGUAACUCAAUUCAGCAUAUAAAACCUGUGAAAGUAUCAUCUUUAUUGCUUCAAAAUGGUUUAAAAUUAUUCCCAAAAUCAUCAACAUCAUCAUCAACUUCAUUCUUAAAAUCUUCAUUAAAUUAUAACGUUUUAAAACAAGCUUCAAUUUUUUCAUUAAUAUUUAUUGGAGUCACCACUAUUUCCAUCCCUUAUAUUUUCCAGUACACACCAUUGAAAUAUUUCCAAAAACAUCCAAAUCAAUUAAUCUAUGGAAUCAUUGGAUUAAACCUAGCUGUUUUCUUAUUAUGGCAAAUUCCAAGAAAUUAUAAACUUUUAUCACGUUAUGCCCUUUUGGAGAAAGAUGUCCUGUAUAGUAAAUGGUCCAUCAUUGGUAGUGCAUUUUCUCAUCAAGAAUUAUGGCAUUUAGGUAUGAAUAUGUUGGCAUUAUAUUCAUUUGGUACUUCAUUAUCAAUGAUGAUUGGUUCUUCAAAUUUCCUUACAUUAUAUUUAAACAGUGCUGUGCUAAGUUCUUUAGUUUCAAUAGCAUAUCCAAUCCUAUUCAAACUUCCAAUCACAGCACCUAGUCUUGGUGCCUCGGGUGCAUUAUUUGCAGUUUUUGGUACUUUUGCAUGUUUAGUUCCAAAUGCAAAGAUUUUAUUAUUUGUCUUCCCAAUACCUGGUGGUGCUAUGGUUGCAUUCUUGGGUGCCACGGUUUGGAACGUUGCAGGUUGUGUAAUGAGAUGGGGUUCAUUUGAUUAUGCUGCACAUCUUGGUGGUUCAAUUGCUGGAUUAGGUUAUGGUUGGUAUAUUAGUGAUAAAGUUAGAAAAGAACGUGAAAGAAGAAUGCGUUCUUUCCGUUUUUAG